AUUUACGGUAAAUGAAUCUGACUGUCAGACAGAUAGCAAAACCACUUCCGGAAAAAGGUGGACGAGGUGUAUCCAGCUUUGGAUAGAGUGAUAGGUUUCUCCAUAUGGCACACACAGAGAGGAGAGAUGCUCCUGAGCUGCCUGAUUUCUCCCUGCUCAAAAGACUGGCCAGAGACCAGCUCAUCUUCCUGCUGGAACAGUUGCCAGGGAAGAAGGAUUUAUUUAUUGACGCUGAUUUGAUGAGCCCUCUCGAUCGCAUAGCAAAUGUCACAAUCCUCAAGCAACAUGAAGUCGACAAACUGUACAAAGUUGAGCUCAAGCCGAUCGUCAGCAAUUCAGACCAGCUGUGCUUUCUGAUACGUCCUCGAAUACAAACUGUGAAGUGGAUUUCAGAUUUAGUUAAUUCAGACAAAGUGGCUGGAAGAUUUAGAAGAUAUAAGAUCAUAUUCACCCCACAAAAGUUUUAUGCAUGUGAGACUGUUUUGGAGGAGCAGGGAGUCUUUGGAGAUGUUACAACCGAUGAGUGGAAUUUCUACAUUCUUCCUCUGGAUGACGACAUACUGAGUUUAGAGCUGCCUGAAUUCUUCAGAGAUAACUUUCUGGAGGGAGACCAGCGCUGGGUGACCACUGCAGGAAGUGCUUUACAUCUUUUACAGUCUGUCUAUGGUUCCUUCUCAAAGGUGUAUGGGAUUGGUAGAUGUGCCAAGAUGGUGUAUGAAUCCUGGAGGGAGCUAAUGGAGGAGGGGGAACAGAGAACAAGGCAACCUGAAUUUGCAAAAGUCUUUCUUAUUGACAGAGAUGUGGACUAUGUUACUCCUCUCUGCUCUCAAGUUGUUUAUGAGGGUUUGGUAGAUGAUAUUUUCAGAAUAAAAUGUGGCAGUGUGGAGUUUGGACCUGAUGUCACUUCCUCUGACAAGAGCAUCAAAGUGAUGCUUAACUCUCAAGAUAAAGUGUUCAAUGAAAUAAGGAAUGAGCAUUUCUCCAAUGUAUUUGGCUUUUUAAGCCAAAAGGCCAAAAAUCUUCAAACAGCAUAUGAUAAACGGCGUGGGAUGGACAUCCAGCAGAUGAAGGCAUUUGUUGCAGAUGAACUGAAAGGACUGAAACAGGAACACCGUCUUCUCAGUCUUCAUAUUGGUGCAAGCGAAUCCAUGAUGAAGAAGAAAACCAAGCAAGAUUUCCAGGAGCUGUUGAAGACUGAACAUUCAUUACUUGAAGGCUUUGAGAUUCGUGAAUGUAUCACCUACAUUGAAGAACAUAUCAAUAGACAGGUGUCAAUGAUCGACAGUCUUAGACUCCUUUGCCUGUUGUCCAUCACAGAAAACGGUCUUUUGUCCAAAGACUAUAAAUCUCUUAAAGCUCAGUACUUUCAGAGUUAUGGUAUAGACCACCUGUUGACAUUUGCAAACCUGAGGCAGCUGGGUCUGCUGGAAGAACAGCAAGCUGGAGAAACACUGACAGUCAUGGAGAGUAAAGUGGGGAAACUUGUCAAUGACAAGACUGUAGGGAAGCUGACAGAUGCCUUUUCCUCACUGGCUAAGAAGAGCAAUUUUCGAGCUCUGAGUAAAAGACUAGCUCUGGUACCGAAGUCUGGUGAGGAAUAUGAUCUUCGCGUUCCACGAGACAUGGCAUAUAUUUUCAGUGGUGCUUAUAUUCCUCUGAGCUGCAAACUGAUCGAACAGGUGUUGGAGAGAGAUGGUUGGACAGGUCUGGAGGAGGUUACACGUAUGCUGAAUGGACAGGAAUUUGCUGUAACAGGUGGCAGUAGUGGUUCAGAAGCCAGGAAUAAAACUGAUGCUCAAAGGAUUGUUCUAGUGAUGUUUCUUGGUGGCUGCACCUUCUCUGAGAUCUCUGCACUCCGGUUCCUUGGCAAGGAAAGAGGUUGCAGAUUCAUAGUGGUCACUACAGCCAUCACUAACAGUGCAAGACUUCUGGAAGCAUUACUGGAUAACCAUGCUUGAGUUUGAGACAACAUUCCACAAGAGGACACUUUGUGAUCAAUUCCAGGAAAGGGCAAAGAGGACAGAACUUGCCUGACCAUUACACCUAUAUCAUCCCAAAACAAAUGUACUGUUAGGGGAGAAAGUGUGGUUAUUUCACCAAAAAGGAAAAUUCUACCAUCAUUUACCCACCAUCAUGUGCUUCAAACCUGCAUAAAAAAGAUAUUUUGAAAAUUGUUUGUAACCAGACAGCUUUGGUGACCAUUGACAGAAAAAACACUAAAAAUGUUUUUCAAAAUAUUUUAAUGUUUCACAGAAGAAAAAAAAGUCAUGCAUGUCUGGAACGACAUGAGGGUGAGUAAAUUAGGAGAGGAUUGUAAUUUUCAGGUGAACUGUCCCUUUAAUUGUCUGCAGGUUGUCAUCUGAAUUUAUGAAUGGAGAACUGGAAAACAUGGCACACAAAACUGCACUUUAUAAAAAUGUUUUUUACUCUUUGUUUAGAGUUUGCCAUGCAUGCACUUACUGUUUAAAGACUGAUCAAUAAAACAGUUACUGGAGA